AUGUUCUCACUUCCCACCAUCCCCCUCAUCCUCUCCCUCCUCGGCACCUUCAUAAUCUACAAGCUCAUCCAACACCUCCUCCUCACCCACCACAACAACCAUACCUCCACCCGCCUCAACUGCCUCCCGGCCCCCUUACAACCCAACACCCUCCCCCUAGGCAUCGACCACAUCCUCACCGCCCUGAAUGCCAUCUCCACCAAAACCUUCCCCUCCUACCUGGUGGAACGCUCCUCCUCCCUCCCCCUCACAUUCCGCACCACCAUCCUCGGCGUCCCGCGCCUCUUCACAGCCGACAUCCCCAACAUCCAAGCCCUCCUCGCGACUCAAUUCGAGGAUUUCGACUUUGGGGAAAUGAGACGCUCGAACGCGCAUCCGUUUCUCGGGAAGGGGAUUUUCUUGCAGGAUGGGAGGGAGUGGGAGAGGAGUAGGGCGUUGAUCAGGCCGCAGUUUGCGAGGGCGCAGAUUAGUGAUUUGGAGCUUGAGGAAAGGCAUUUUCAGGUUUUGGUGGGGGGGGUUGAGGUAGGAGGGGAUGGGUGGACGGAGGAGAUGGAUUUGCAGCCUUUGUUGUUCAAUUUGACGCUUGAUUCUGCGACGGAGUUUUUGCUGGGGAAGUCGGCGGAGAGUCAGAGUGGACUUUUGAGGAGUCGGAGAGAGGGGAAGGAGGGGAGGAUGAAUGAGGAGGGGAAUGAUGCCCAGGCCUUUGGGGAGGCGUUUGAUGUUGGGAAUGUGGGGUUGGCUACCAGGGCGAAGUUCCAGCCGUAUUCGUACCUUUGUAUACCGAAGGGAUGGAGGAGGGCAAUCAAGACUUGCAACCAGUAUGUGGAUUCUAUCGUGGCGGAGCAUCUCCAGAAGAGACAGGAAAAGAUUGAGAAAGGCGUAGAAAGUGAUGGAAAAGAGGGAUACGUCUUCCUCGAGGCUCUAGCCAACGAAACGCAAGAUCCGAUCGAGUUGAGAUCUCAGAUCAUGCAUUUGCUUCUUGCUGGACGAGAUACCACCGCAUCUCUAAUCGGAUGGCUGCUCUUCGAACUGGUGCGGGAUCAAGCGCGGUACAAGAAACUCCGAGAUGCGAUUAUUGAGGAUUUCGGAACAUGGGCAGAUUGCGAUCUUGAAAGUAUCACGUUCGCGAAGAUCAAGGCUUGCAAAUAUCUCCAAUACUGCUUGAAUGAAGCUCUGAGACUUCAAACCAUCGUCCCGUAUAAUUUUCGUGUGGCGAAUAAAGAUACCACACUACCGAGAGGUGGAGGUGAAGAUGGGAAGAGCAAAGUCUUCGUACCGAAAGGCAUGAUGGUAUUCUAUAGUAUCCACGUACUGCAUCGUCGCGAGGAUAUCUGGGGUCCAGAUGUCCACGAGUUCGUUCCUGAAAGAUGGGAGGGUAGGAAAUUAGGGUGGGAGUACAUACCUUUCAAUGGCGGACCACGGAUCUGCGUCGGUCAGCAAUAUGCCAUCAUCGAAGCGAGCUAUAUCAUUCUGCGCCUAUUGCAAAAGUAUGACAAGAUGGAGAAUAUGGAUCCAGAGCCCGAAGCGAGAUAUCACUCCACGAUGACGAGUUGUAGCGCGAAUGGGGUCAAGGUGAAGCUGCACGAAGCCUGA